GUGGUUCUACUCCUGGAUACAGUGCGUACCUUGAUGUUAGAAGAGGAUCUUACAGAAGAUUUGGAGAACCAGGAUCUUAGCAAGGCCAUUUUAGAGAUGCUGCACAUCAAUAAGCUGUCUGUGCCUCACCAGGCAAAGCCUCACCCGUACAUGAAACAGGUUUACCAGCUACUGGACACACAGGAGUCAAGGCACAGGAGUGAUGCAGAUGGGACACUGGUGCAGAGUUUCCGUAGCAUCCAGGGUACAAAAUAUAACACCCCGGGCUGGAUCUGGUUCAACGUGUCACACCUCAGGCCCUCUAUGACUGUCGCUGAGCUAGUCCUACUGAGAAAAACGCUUCAUCCUGAGCCACUGACCGUAACAGUGGCUGUGCACAGCCUCUCACCAGGAGUGGGGAACCUGAGCAUAAGCGGACCCCUCGCUGAGCAGCUGCUGAACCUGGACAAGCUUCCCCCAUCAGGCUACGAUGUGUUCAACGUGACGGCAGCCCUGAUGCAGCAGCGCCGCUGGCAGGAUGCCCUGGGUUUCCAGCUGCGCUUUGGAGAUGAAAGUGGAAGCCUAGUGCUCCACGAGGCCCUCACACAGAGCCUCUACUGCUUAAAUGGGAGCUCCCUCAGUCAGCCACUGCUGGUGGCGUACAGGGUCAAACCAAUAGAGCUGCACGAGGGGGCCCAGCAGGCCUCAGGGAAGACCACCGAGCGCAGGCAGAGGCAGCACUGCAGGGCCAGCACUCAGCAAGAAAAACGGCGACCACAGUCCAGGCAGCAGAGAAGAACUGCUAACACAGCAUGCAGACUUCAUGUACAUCAUGUUGAUGUUUAUAAGAGUGAACUAGCUCAGUGGAUACUACAGCCAACAAGGUUUAACAUCAGUUUCUGCAGGGGUUUGUGUAUGAGGGAGAAAUCCAAGCUCUCUGUGGAUGUACAGAAGCUGAACAAAAGGAACAAAGAAAAUGAUAAGCCCAAAAGUUCACAGUGCAUUCCACAGGAGCUGUCUCCCCUCAGAGUGAUGUAUCGAAGUACCACGAAUUACAUCAUUAUAAAGGAGUUAAAGGACAUCAGGGCAGAGAGAUGUGUCUGCCCACCAAAGACUGAAUAA